AUGCUUUAUCGAAAAAUUGUUCUUCGAACAGUUUGGAAGAACUUUUCGCUUCUCGGUGUUAAUGCUCGAUCUUAUGCGACUAAUGAUAUAGAUAUGGUAGUUAUUGGAGCUGGUCCGGGUGGUUAUGUAGCAGCAAUCAAAGCAGCUCAACUGGGCAUGAAUACAGUAUGUGUAGAAAAGAAUCUGAAAUUAGGGGGUACUUGUUUGAAUGUCGGAUGCAUUCCAUCGAAGUCUUUAUUGAAUAACUCAUUGUACUAUCAUAUGGCCAAACACGGUGAAUUUAAUAGCCGAGGUAUUGAAGUUGAGCCGAAACUGAAUUUGGACAAAAUGAUGGCUGCAAAAGCAGCUUCAGUGAAAGCUUUGACUGGUGGUAUAGAGAUGUUAUUUAAAGCGAACAAAGUAAGACCAGUCAAUGGAGUAGCGACGAUUACAGGAAAAAAUGAAGUCACUAUAAAGCUUACUGGAGGUGGCGAAGAAAAGAUCGUGACACGUAAUAUACUUAUUGCAUCAGGUUCCGAAGUUACUCCUUUUCCAGCUUUAUCUGUUGAUGAGGAACAAAUUGUUUCUUCAACAGGCGCACUGUCUUUGAAAAAAGUACCAAGAAAAAUGAUUGUGAUAGGCGCAGGCGUCAUCGGUGCUGAAUUGGGAAGUGUGUGGCAACGAUUAGGGGCUGAUGUAACGGUUAUUGAAUUUCUUGGACAUGCUGGUGGGAUGGGUAUCGAUAUGGAAGUAGCAAAAUUUUUCCAGAAAACACUUGCAAAACAAGGAAUGAAAUUCAUGAUGAAUACAAAGGUAACAGGCGGAAAAAAGGAAGGUGAUUUGGUUAAAAUAAGUGUAGAAAGUGCAAAAGGUGGAAAUCCUCAAACGUUGGAAGCAAAUACUGUCCUUGUCGCAGUUGGCCGACGACCGUACACAGAAGGACUGGGAGUUGAAAAUGUUGGCAUAGAAUUGGAUUCAAAGGGACGCGUACCAGUCAAUGAACGUUUUCAAACCUCUAUCCCGUCAAUAUUUGCAAUUGGUGAUGUAAUUGCUGGGCCGAUGUUGGCACAUAAGGCAGAAGACGAAGGAAUUUUGUGCAUUGAAGGCAUAGCAGGUGGAGCAACACAUUUGGACUACAACUGCAUUCCCUCAGUUGUUUAUACUCAUCCUGAAGUUGCUUGGGUCGGCAAAUCCGAAGAGCAGUUGAAGAGUGAAAAUGUGCAAUACAAAGUUGGCAAAUUCCCAUUUAUGGCAAAUUCACGUGCUAAAACGAAUAAUGAUGCAGAAGGAUUUGUAAAGAUUUUAGGGGACAAAGCGACAGAUAAAAUAUUGGGGGUUCAUAUCAUUGGACCGAAUGCUGGUGAAAUGAUUGCAGAAGCAACCUUAGCUUUGGAAUAUGGAGCAUCCUGUGAAGAUGUGGCUCGAGUUUGUCAUCCACAUCCUACACUCUCAGAAGCUUUUCGCGAAGCUAAUUUACAAGCAUUUUGUGGCAAAGCUAUCAAUAGUAUUUGA